GACAUCAUUUCCAUCCAGAUUAAUUAACGUACGAAGUAGCAACAUGUCGAUCUCUAAACCUGAACAAAAGCCUCUUCUGCCAAACCCAUUUCAGUUGAGUGACAUUGAGGUCAUUGAGAAAGUGUACGCAUCCCACACUUACGAUGACGAAGUGUUUGAUAGUGAGCCACUUUUCAACGUGGUGUCCAGCGUUAUCAAGCUAUCAAGUAGAGUUGUAGGGGCUAUUCUCAAGAUCGAUGAGCAAAAUGGUUUUGCAGGAAAUGCUAUUGCCAUAAACAUUUCCAAACCAGAAUUCUCAAAACUGAAGCUCCUGUCCUGCCAUAUGAUAACAACCCCUUGGGGGGUGGAGAAUGCACACCAAACAACCCUAAGGAUUCUUCAACAACUGAGAACCUUCUCGUGGGAUGCAAAAGUUUUGGUAGCUCUAGCCGGUUUUGCUUUGGAGUACGGAAACUUCUGGAACCUUUAUCAGGCAUCAGACCCUCUGGGGAACUCGUUGAAAGUGCUGAAUCAGGUUCAGCAUAGACAGCUUCCAGUGGUUGUUGAUCUGAACUCAACAGUGAAGCUGGUGCUGGAGGCUGUUGAGAAGAUCAGUCGUUGGGGAACCUUGUCUGCUGAUGAAAGCUAUGACACCGAGGAUGUGCCUGCUUUGUCGGAUGCAUUGGAGCAGAUCCCCCUUGUUGUAUACUGGGUUGUCGCUUCCCUUGUUGCUUGCAAUAGCAACCUCCAGGGUGUAUCGAACUAUCCGCUACUGGAGUUUCGUGCCAAACUUUCUCUCGCUCUGGAUGAGUUUGCCAGGCUACUAGUGAUAUGCGAGAAGCAAAAAGAUCGGGUAGAAGACUACCGGAGGCGUAAGAGGAACUUUAACAAGCCCAAAGACAUUGUAGACUUUUUGAAGCUCUUGAUCAGUAAAAAUGGCUCUCAGAACGCUCAAAUAUACGAUGGCAACACCAAAACGAGAGUGAAUGUUGAGGUUUUCAAGGACAAGUACGUGUUGCUAUUCAUUUCCGGGUUGGACAGAAUAGAAGACGAGAUUCGGCUUCUGAAUUCAAUCUACGAGGGACUAGUGGAGGAUCCGAAUGACAGGAGCGGAUUCAAGAAAGAGGAGUUCAAGAUUUUGUGGAUNCCGAUGGAGAGUGGAUGGGGUGAUGCGCGCAGGGAGGUGUUCAACACUCUGAAGAGCUACAUAAAAUGGUACGUGGUGGAGUACAUUGAACCCUUGCCAGGAACAAGGCUGAUUGAAGAGGAUCUAAAGUUCCAGGGUAAACCUAUUCUUCCAGUGGUGAAGCCACAGGGCGUGCUGCUGAACGAUGAUGCCUUGGACAUCAUCUUCGAAUGGGGAAUCGACGCAUUUCCUUUCAGAAAAUCGGAUGCCUACCAACUUGCGCAGAAAUGGAAAUGGUUCUGGGAUGAAGUAAAGAAAACAAAUCUUCACGGCAUACAGGUGAAAGGUGAUAGGUACGUGUUCAUAUAUGGAGGCAGCGACAAGUGGAGCCGAGAAUUCAGUGUGGCAGUGGAUAAAAUAAAGAGGCACGAAACAAUAAAGAGGGCAGAUGCAAUAAUAGAGCAUUACCAUUUGGGGAAGGAUGAUCCGAAGAUAGUUCCUCGGUUCUGGAUAGGAGUGGAAGNGAAGAGGCAGAAAAAGCAUUCGGAGAAGUUGGACUGUGAGAUCCAAGAGAUUGUGAAGUCUUUGCUUUGCUUGAAGNAGGACACGCAGGGAUGGGCCAUUCUCAGCAAAGGGUCCAACGUGAAGAUUUUAGGGCACGCCCAACCUAUGUAUCAGACUGUGGCUGACUUCGAAAAGUGGAAAGACAGAGUUCUGGUCAAAGAAGGCUUCGACAUUGCCUUCCAAGAGUACUAUGAGACCAAGCGUCAUCUUCCUGCUCCUCAACCAUGCGAAUUCAACACUCUUGAUGUUCUCGCAACCAUAACAUGCCCUAAUGCCUCUUGUGGACGCGUCAUGGAGGUCACCUCCGUUAACUACAAGUGCUGCCAUGGUGGCAAUGUUCCUGACCACGCCUUCCCAUCGCCAACAACCCAAACCUAAACCUCAAUUACAACCUCAGUUUGUUUUGGACAAACUACGUACGCCAACCUGAAUUCCAAGUGUGUUUUUUACUAUAUAUCUAUGUUUGCAUGCAUGUGAGUCUGAACGACUCGGUCCCUUGCGACCUCUUCAUAAAUAAUGCCAUAUUUUGUAUCCUCUGAGUUAGAUUAUUCAAUAAAUAAUUCCUUCUCCA